AUGAACUUGUUUAAAGGAUGUGUCUGUGCAGCUCUGGGAGGGGAAACUGUUCCAUCAAGCCUCAAGGAAAAUGUGUUCCUAGCUGCUGUUCCUUGGGACGCGGGAGAGGGCAGGAUGGGGGUGCCCGCCGCCCUCACAGGCUGGGCCUGUGCCGCCCUCUGCCUGGUGCCCGGCUCCUCCGCCUUUUCCCACGGGGCUGGCUCGGUGGCCUGUGCGGACAUGCGACCCAAGCACAUUCCAGCCCGGACUCAGAGCCCCGGGACCCACCACAUCACCAUCCUCACCGGCAGCUCUUCCUACUCACCGGGUGCCACGGUUUCAGUGGCGGUGAGGAGCAGCCGUGAUUUCAUGGGCUUCCUACUCCAGGCCCGAAGAGUGUCUGAUCAUCAGAUAGCUGGCUCUUUUGUCUUCAUUCCUCCUCAUGCCAAACUGAUAACUUGCUUUGAAGAGGCUGACACAGUCACCCACGCGGACAAGUCCCGGAAGAGAAACCUGUCAUUCAAGUGGCAGGCCCCUGCCCAGCCCGUGGGGAACAUCAGGUUCUUUUUAUCUGUAGUCCAGUCAUAUUUCGUUUACUGGGUGAAGAUUGAAUCAUCUGUCGUGUCUCAACAGACACACAGUAGAGCCCAUUCGGACAGCCACGUGGAGCCUGGCUCGCCGAUGCCAGCCUCUGGGCAGAGGCUGGAGGACAUGGAAGGAACCAUCCCAGUGUCUCCGGGCCUCCGCUUGGCCCCCAGUCUCCCCAUCACUCUGCUUCAGCAGCGCACAGAUGUCUUUGCUGCUGCUGUAACUGGAGCUGGAGAAGAGGACAGCUUAGGUCCUGUUCCUACCAGUGUUUGGGUGACAGAGUUCCUCAGGGCUGCAGAGACUCCAUUCCAAGCGUCUUCACACACAGCUGCUGCAGUCAGUGAUGGCCAUCACCCCAGCAGAGACAGCAGCCCAACCCUGGAACCAUCCCUGGAUGUCCGGGGUCUGGAGAGGCUUGUAGCCCUCAGGGACUUCUCCACAGAGAGCUUCGCUUCCGGCUUCAGCACCUGCCACAGGACUCAGAAUGAUCCAAGCGUUGAUUCACUAGAAACUUGUCUGCCCUCGGAUAGGGAUGAACAGGACAAGACGGAGGCCUCUAAUAGGACAGUGAUGAGGCCUCCUUUGUACACUGUCCAUCUCCCCCACCCUCACCUCUGGUCCUCCGGGGCACUCACUGGACAUGGGGCCGGGGAAGCCCACCCAACUCCUGCCCUCCACACCUCUGCCACCUCCAGGCCCACCACCGCUGAUGGCCAGUUAGAGGCAUCCAGACCCUCUGCCAGCUUCCUGCCUCGGUCAAAGCACAAGGAGCGCGGAGUGGAGGAGGGCAGUGGAGCGGCUGGGGUGGGAGACCCCAGGAAGACCAACCCAAGACCUGAGCCCGGGCAGGAUGGAGCCAGGGCCCCGUGGGGGAUCCAGCUCGGGACUCCGCAGCUGGGCCUCCUGCUCUGCCUCUUGGCCGUGCUGGGCGUGGCCGUGGUUGCUGGCCUUCGUCACCUGCACACCCAGUAUUGCCGCAGGCAGAUGGAAGUGUCCCUUUGUGAGCCUGCCAGGGAUGCGGUUGCCACAGGUGACGACGGUGAGAUCAUGUACGUCCGGAGAAUUGGAGACAACAGUUUUGUUUUGGUCGAAGGGGAAUGCAACUGGAUUGCUCCCUCUGUGAGCAGCAAGAAAACAGUCCUCUGAGAAAGUCGUGGUCCCAGGCCUCUCUGGGUUCCCCUUGCACCCUGUAGAGAGUCUCAGCCGGAACAGACCUACUGAGCAUAGUUGAUGAGGACAGCGAUCCACUGUGCACCCACCUCCCACCCCUGUCAGGGAGCAGUUAGGAGAGCACAAGGACAGCUUUUCAACAGAGGGAAUUCUUCCCCAGCUUUGUUGUCCUAACAUCUGUAAUUUAGCUGCCUUUUUUUUAGUUCUCGCAAUUAGACGUUCUGUUUGAAGACUUAAACCCAACACAAUGAAUAUUGUAUAACCCGCUCAUUAACUAGACUCCCGUGGCCGCCGCGCUUCCUCCAUUGCCUUAAGGAACCCGCAGAAAUAGAACUUCUGUCCCUCCUCAGCAUUGUCAGCCUCAUCACCUCUAACUCUUUGAAAAAAGUAGUAAGGGUGGAGUUGUGUCUCUUUCAGCCCUCCCUUUGCCUCGCCAAGCCACCCCCCAGAGAAGUCUUGUUUUUCCAAACUAGAGUUCAAAGUUGGCUCUGAUGUCGUCGACUGGGUGAGUGCAAAGGUAUUUUGCCUUCCAGGAAACUCAGACAUGUGGCAAAUCUGCCGUGGAAAUUGGUCAAAGGCAAGGAAGAUUUUAGAGAGUUUGAUUGCCACAUCUGUGGGGAAAUAUACAUGCAGUACGAAGCCUUAAACCCGAGAGAGGGGUAAGCAAACCGCCUCUUCAGGUGUAAAUGGAUCUGAGAUCUCCCAUCCAUUUACACUUGAUGAGAGACUAAGUAUCCCACCAACUAACAGACUUCUUGCCUUUGCCAAAGGUCAGGCUGAAAAAUAAAUGAUAAUACCAGUGCAGUUUUAAGAGCCUUUAUCUGUCUAAGAAAGCAUGAUGGACGGAGACCAUUGUGACUUUAUGAAGAUCACUCUGAUGUAGCAAGAGUUCCAUAGAUACCAAAUGGGUUCGAAUAUAACUCUUGAAUAUGGUCACCUAAUAUAACGCAUGAGAAUUAGCUGCCUUUUCAGAGGUAAACCUACUACAGAGUCAAGGUCCAUUUUAAUGUGGAAACCAAAGCACUAUAAAUUUGGAAAUGAUAUUUCCUGAUUGAGUAGCUAAGUUGUGUAGGUUGUGCCAAGAACUGUACAUAUAUUUUCACACUGAGCUCCUACAAUAACUUCAUGAGGAAGAAGUUCAGUAAUUUGCUGAAGAGAAAGAGACAUUCGUGACAUUGCAACUCAAUAACAAAAACAUUAAAAAAAAAAAAAUCAGGUGUGUAGGAAAGAGCUGCUUCUGUGUUUCCAGCCUGUUAGCUCACUGGGCAUCAGCUCCGAGUCUAUCCUCCCAGAUUCUAGCGUAGGCACAUCUGCCCCUUGGCUUCAGGCAAGUACCUUAACGGGCACACGGAGACCUAGGGUAAGUGUGCUUAGUCGCUGAGUCCUGUCUGACUCUUUGCGACCCCAUGGACUGUAGUUGGCCAGGCUCCUCUGUGCAUGGGAUUUUCCAGGCCAGAACGGUAGGGUGGGUAGCCAUUCCCUUCUCCAGAAGAUCUUCCUGACCCAGAAGCUGAACCCUUGUCUCCUGCAUUGCAGGCAGAUUCUUUACUGUCGGAGCCAGCAGGGAAGAGGCCUAGAUGGUUGUGUCCAUAAAUGGAGAUGUUCUAGAAAUGCUGUGGAGAGAGACAGCCAUGGGGACCACAGAAAUCCAUCCCACAUACCCCACCCUCCCCAGAGAUGCCCUGUCCCCAAGAUUCAGAUGAGACAUCUCACUAGUAGAGAGCUCCCAUCUCGCUAGCGGGGAGCUCCCAUCUCACUAGCGGGGAGCUCCCAUCUCACUGGUGGGGAGCUCUCAUCUGGCCACGUCACAUCAGAGCCGGGUGCGUCACAUAUACACUGCCUUCCAGAUCUUUCCUGUCCGAGAGGAUAUCAUCCUGUGGAAAUAGGCUGUUUUGCUUCUCCCUCACUAUGAAAUGAACUACCCUUUAACUCAGUGCUUUGAAACAGUGCCUACCGCUGAUGGUCUCACAUGGUGCUGGGGUUGCCUGGGCUCAGUUGGGCAGUUCUUCUGCUCGGUGUGUGGUCCAUUGGGCUGGAAUAUCCCAGGUGACUCACGUGGGGGCUGGCAGUUCGUGCUGGGUCCAUUGAUAAGUGUGGGAAACAGUUUGCUUCUCUGUUUUGUGGCUUCCUACUGCCUGAUGGCUGGGUUCCCAGAGGGCAUGUCCCAGGCUGACAAAAUCAGAAGCUGGACUCUUGGAAGGCCUGGCCUGGGAAGUUACAUGAUUGCACUCCUGUCGUGUUCUGGUGGCCACAGCAGGUCACAGCGAUCCACAGCCCUCAUUCUUCCAAGGGAAGGGCAACAGAUUUCCACUUUUCAAAGGGAAAAGUGAAAAAAGGAGUUGAAGAUGUGUUUAACUCACUGCAUCACUGGUUAGACUGCUGACCUGCCACAGGGCUGGCAUGGGAGGACAACAGUCUGCUCAUCUCCAGGAGAUGCCGUGGGUCACCCUCCCUUCAAAGCCUCAAAGGGGUUAAGGGAAGUCUCCAGGUUUUAGGGUUUGUUUUUUGGCUGUGCCUUGAGGUUUGCAGGAUCUUAGUUUCCCGAGCAGGGAUCGAACCCAGGCCCACUGCAGUGAAAGUGCAGAAUCCUAACCACUGGAUUGCCAGGAAUUCCCCAGGCUCUAGGGUUUAGGAACCUCUUCUUCCCUGGCUGGGAACCCCACGUCAGGCACACAAGUGAAUGUGCACAAGAGUCGGCCAGACCUCUGAGCCUCUGCUUCCUCAUUGGAGAUCAAUGGAUCACAGAACGAUUUACCUCUUCUGGCUGUUGUGAAGACUAAACACAUGUUAAGCACUUAGCCGUCUCUAACUAAUUGACUUGCUAUUGUUAUUAAGGUCGUUCUGCGGCUGCAGCACUAUCUUUAAACCUAGUCCAUUUAAAGGAAUCCUGUGGCCACCCAAACCGUGAUUCCGAUCCAGGACAACUCCUCCCCCUGCAGCCCCGCUGCCCCGGCCCAGCCGAUGGUGGGAUCCCUGCCUAGGUUGUCAUGGCAACCACUGGCCACAGUUCCUGUGGGGGGCGGCGGGGGCGGCGGGGGUGGCGGUCAGACAUUAUUGCUGAGGCAUUCUGAGAAAACUCUCUUCUUGGCAAAGGUGGCUGGAGUCUCCAGGCCUGAAGUCAGGACACAUAAAACCCCUGUGUCACAGUGGUCUUGAAGGUCCUCUAAGCCUGACUCCAGAGAAACCCUGGAGAGGAGCAAGUAGGAAGUGUUGUCUUUGAAAGGUCAGGGCAAGGUUGGGCGUGUUGAGGCAUGCCUGGGCAUGCCUGGGCCUGCCCGGGCAUGUCGGGACAUGUCCCGGCAGAGAGCCGCAGACAAGCCCCGGAGGCGGGCCGACAACCAAGCCGUCCAAUCAGAAGCCGACACGGAGCCCUUGGACACCAAUCACCGCUGAGCCCGCGUUUUCUUCCUUAUAUGGGAGCCCGGCCCGGGCUAUAAAACCCUUCCCCACCCCUCAUACCUCGCAGACUCCCUUUGCUUCGCAGACCCCCUUCGCUUCCUUGCUUACCCGCCCCCGGGAGUUCUGCCUGAGAGCGACCGCCCAAUAAAGGCCCUG